AUGUGGCAGGCCUUGCCCGCUAGUCCCAGGACACGUGGCGUACCUCGCCCGCAUGUCCCGGGACAUGUGGCAGGCCAUGCCCACCCGUCCCGGGACCCGUGGCAGACCUCGCCCGCCCAUCCUGGGACCUGUGGCAGGCCUUGCCCGCCUGUCCCGGGACACGUAGCGGGCCUCACCUGCCCGUCCCGGAACCCAUGGCGGGCCUCACCCGCCCGUCCCGGGACACGUGGCAUGCCUCACCCACCCGUCACUGGAAAUGUGGCGGACCUCAUCCACCCAUCCUGGGACACUUGCCAGACCUCGCCCACCGUUCCCCGGACGUGUGGCAGGCCUUGCCCUCCUGUCCUGGGACACGUGGCUGACCUUGCCCGCCUGUCCUGGGACAUGUAG